AUGCAUUGCAUGAUCUGUGAUCGAAAAGAAAAAACAUUUCUUUUGCUGAAGAAAUUCCAUAUUUUACGUCGAAAGGUCACCGAAUUUCCUCCCUAUCUAUCUAUCUAUCUAUCUAUAACAGACAUUCAUUUGUCUCUCCCCCUCUCCCUCUCUCGGCCUCCUGACCGUAGAUAUUUCUCAGUCUGUUCAUGUUUAUCUAUCUAUCUAUCUAUCUAUCUAUCUAUCUAUCUGUCUGUCUUUCCACCUGAGUCUGUUCUUUAUCUAUCUAUCUAUCUAUCUAUCUAUCUAUCGAUCUAUCUCAUUCUGUUCAUAUCUAUCUAUCGAUCACAUUCUUAUCACAUCUAUCUAUCUAUCUAUCUAUCUAUCUAUCUAUUUGAUUCUUUUAACAUCUAUCUAUCUAUCUCAAUCUGUUCAUAUCUAUCUAUCGAUCACAUUCUUUUCACAUCUAUCUAUCUAUCUAUCUAUCUAUCUAUCUAUCUAUCUAUCUAUCUAUCUUAUUCUGUUCAUAUCUUUCUCAUUCCGUUCAUAUCUGUCUCAUUCUUUUCACAUCUAUCUAUCUAUCUAUCUAUCUAUCUCCUUCUUUUUCAUAUCUAUAUAUCUAUCGACCUCAUUCUGUUCAUAACUAUGUAUCUCAUUUUCAUAUCUAUCUAA